CUUUGUGAAAACUGAUGCUCCCUCACAAGCCGAUCCGAAUGUAUUGAGCUGUUUUUUUUUUGUUGUUGUUGUUGUUUUUAUAGAGAUCGAUCGUCUUCAGUGACACAUGUAGGUCAGAGACUGUUUCUUUAUUUGUCACCUUUGGAGAAAUCGACCUUCACUGCUCAGAAUUCAGAGAAAUCAUGUGUCGGAUUCUCCCUGAACUACUCUGAGCUCUGAAUAGCGCUGAAAACUGCGCAAAAGAGAAAGUUACACCUGAGACGGUCUUCUCCUCCUGUUUGGGAUGUUACUCACCUCGUCCCAAAUCUCAGUCAUGGUGUCUUCAUCUGCUGAAAACUACCAACCUGCCAUUUAAAAUGACUUCUACAAGAAAACCUGUGACAGCUGCAUCUCUGUUGAUACUUAUGAUCAAAGUCUUCAGUGGAAAUACCCUGACAUGUAAUCCAGCAGAGUAUCAGAUAGAGGAUGGAUGCUGUCCUCUGUGUCCUCCUGGAAAAUAUGUUCAAACAGAUUGUACAGAGUUCAGAAGUACUUCCUGUUUGCCCUGCAUGGAUGGAUCCUUCAUGAAUAAACCUACUGGACAUAAAAAAUGCUUUCCCUGCACAAUCUGUGAUGCAGGUUCUGGUCUGAAGAUAAAGACUUCAUGCACAGCAACCUCAGAUACACUUUGUGAACCACUGGAAGGAUUCUACUGUAUAGACUUCACAGAGAACCACUGUGUGGCAGCACAGAAACACAGCAGCUGUCAACCAGGACAAUACAUCAGGGAGAAAGGAACAGUCCUCAGAGACACUGUGUGCUCUGACUGCAGUGGGGGGACAUUUUCAGAUGGGACAUUUCCAUCUUGUCAGCCACACACACAAUGUCAAUCACAAAACCUUCAGCUGAUAAGAGCAGGAACUGCUUCAACUGAUGCUGAAUGUGGACCACACAGUUCAUAUGGGACAGUGAUUCUGAUCAGUGUUGGACUUUCUUUAUCAUUAAUUUGUAUAAUUUCCUCUGUAGUUUACUUUGUCUGGAAGAAGAAAACACACAGAGGAAACACAAAUGUAAAUCUGAUCAGUCUGAGUCCCAUAAAGGAAAACUCAGCUGGAGCAGAAGCACCACUGACAGGUGGAGAGAGAACAGCAGCAGCAGAGACAGCUCUCAACCUGGAUUUAUCUGUCAGAAAUAAGGACAAACAGCUGGAGCUGAGGACAGUGUGUCCUUUACUGCAGCAUGAUGGGACAAAUGGUUUCCAUCAGCAGAGCAGUUGGGAAUAUUCAUCUCUUACUGUGUUUUGAAGCCUUUUUGGAAAACAUGUCUUCACAGUGUAUAUCUGUAUAGCUGUUGACACUGCUUGUGUUUGGUAACCAGAGUUGACUCAAGCAAGCACACAUCCACCCCAAACAUUAAUGGACAACAGCUGUAUGACAGACCUUAAAGGUUUAAUUGUUGUUCGAACACACAAACAAACACACACUAAAAUAACAUAAAAUACCAUAAAAAAUUUAAAAAUAUUGAAAUAACAUAAACAAAACAAACAAAAGUUCCUGUUCAGGUUUUGAGCAUAUAUUUACAAAGUCGUGACAAUUCAAUUCAGUUCAGUUCAAUUCAAUUCAUUUAUAUAGCGCCUUCCACAAUCAAAAUUGUCUCAAAGCGCUUUCUCCCACAAUGUGAAUAAUAAAAAGAUACUGUGUUCAAACAAUACAAUUAUUAUCUAGUUGUGAUUCUGCAUUACUCAAAUAAAAGAGGUUGCACUACAGUUAUAUAGUUACACAGUAUCUACAGUAGCAUUAUUAGGCUAAUUUGCUUUAUUUCAACUUAGCUUGUCUCUUGUUAGUACAAAUGAAAAGUCAAACAGCAUUUUUUAAUGUUAGAAAAGACGACACAACUCUACACUGAGGCCUCUUUUCCACCUCCUCUUUUCUCCGCUUUACGGCCUUUUCAUGAUGACAAUAUACAUAUGACAAAUAUGACUUGUUGUUGACGUCUGUAAACAGGAACCUACCUGAGAUGCGAUAACUCCUCCCAUCCCUCUCUUCCACAGUGCACGGAGCAGGACAGGUUCAGGACCAGGUCAAUCAAAUAAUGACAAACAACAGAGAGGGUUGUUAAUGUUUUUUUUUUUUUUCAUAUUUGUUCAUUUUUUAUUUGCAAGACAGCAUGAGAAGAGUCGGGGCUGCACAUUAUUAUUAUUAUUGUUUAGUUUUUUUGUUUUGUUCUUAAGCUUUCAAAAGUGUCUGACAAGAAAACUCAGUUCUCAGCCUGUUGUUUCAUGUUUGCUGUAAACAUUUGUAAGCAGAUGUUUACAUUGUUACACUGUUUACAAAUGUUUACAUUGUCCAUCAGCUUUCAUUGCAAAUUAAUAAAGUGAAUCCUGUGGAUCUUGUGAUCAAUAAGGCGUGUGCUGUUCAAGUGCUGUCAGAAUUAUGAAACUCAGGUUUUGCUGUAACUAUCCACUGAUCCUCCACAAGUGCACCUGUACAGUAUACUGACAUUUGGCAGCCAUGCUGUAUGUGACUCAUCUUCAGGAGAGAUGUGGGGACUGGAUGGAAGUCAGUAUAACAUCUUAGCUCAACCUGGACUUGAUGCAUUUAUUGAAGCACAGAGGACAACAAGCCUGUCUCUGUCAGGACUGUCUUUGUCUGGAGCCAUCAACUGACACCUGUUAAUAAUAAUU